AAAUUGUGUUUUAUUUUGCCUAGUGCGUAGAGAAGAAAAUUUUAGUAUUCUAAUAUUGGAGAAAGACAUAAAUAAAUUUUUUUUUUCUAGCCAAUAAGACAUUGAGAUUGAUUGAUAUUUGCGGCCAAUCAAUGUUUAUCCAAAGCAAAACACAUCGAUUGGGCGAUCACUCUUAAAAGGAUGGUGGUAAACAGGCCUAUGGAUUAAAGCAUAAAGAAGAAAGCUGUAUGGGCUAUAGCCCAGCUAGCUCUCUCUCUCUCUCUCUCUCUCUCUCUCUCUGUGUUAAGACUCUAUCACCGACUGUGUGGAAAACCAACCUAGGCACUUCACCUUGGGUUUUCUUUUGGAAAGCCUAUACCUAUCUAAAGGUUCCGUAGCUUACGUCACCGAAAGUGCAGAUUCUUUCCAGUUUAGCUUUCCCUAUGAAUUGUUGAGAAUAGUAGGCACGUUCGAGUUUUACUGUAAAGACUGCCCGUCAGGUGUUCGACGAAAUGCCUGAAUGAACUUGCUUUGCGUUUUUCGCAUUUUUUCUGCAGUGUGUUUUCAACAUUAACCAAUUUCCAGUGUGAGGUUCUACUGUAAAACGUUUCCAUAGUAUGGCUCUAGUGAAUGUUGCUGCUCUCCAGUUUACAACUUCUGCUCUUUUUGGGACUCGUUCUGCAACUUCAAACCUUCAGGUCUUGCAGACUAAGAGAAAUUAUUUCUCCGUGAAGCCGGUAGUAAUGAGAGCGAGGCAGCAUGCCAGAACCGAAAGUGCGAAAACUCUAAACAGAAGAAUGCAGAAGAAGUACAAUGGCACGCCUAAGAAGCCGAGGCUUUCAGUAUUCUGUUCAGACAAACAAUUGUAUGCUAUGCUGGUAGAUGACCAAAACAAGAAGUGCUUGUUUUAUGGAAGCACUCUACAGAAAUCUAUUCGUCAGGAUCCUCAUUGUAGUACCGCUGAAGCGGCAAAACGUGUUGGCGAGGAGUUAAUCAAGGCCUGCAAUGAUCUCAACAUCGGUGAAAUAUCGUCUUAUGAUCGCAAUGGCUUUGCUACUGGGGAAAGGAUUCACGCAUUUGAGAUUGCAAUUUCAGAAUAUGGGUUCUUGUCAAGAUAAAUUGCAUUCGCUUCUAUACACUUAGGCACCUCCCCUUGGGUUUUCUUUUGGAAAUCCUAUACCAAUUGAACAUAGGCUACGUUAUCUUCAUCUUUUGAGGUACAUCAAGUGUAUCAAGUUUGACUAUGUGAGCGAAUCACCACAUACGUCCCCUAAAAUGUGGAUGCUUUCAAGUUUCAACUACCUCAUGCAUCUCCCCUUGUUCUUAUUUGGCAUAACUACCCGGCCCCGAAGACUGUUCUUCUUGAUUGGAUUGUCAUAUACUGUAAACCUAAACUGACCACGCUUUCAAACAAGAUUUUACAUGAUCAAUAAUUCAUAUUGAAAUUCAAUGAGCUCCCCUGAGGUAUUAGUCUAUGUCCAUGGACCCUUCAGAUGGUCAAAUUUCAAAUAACGUAUCUUUAUUGUCUGAUUAACCGAAAUUGAAGGAUCUUCUGGGAAUAUGCAUGAUCUGUUAGUCUGCAACUGCUUCAUUUCAAACUGCCAUAUUACCAUCAUGAAGAACAACGUGGAUUUCGGUCAAUAGUGUGCCUUUUUGUGUGUUACUAGAAAAUUGAAUAUAUUUUCAUUACCAAUCCCAAGUUGCAAGAAUGGAAAAUAUUGAUGGCUUAAUUACUACUCUAUUGUAGGGCUCUGCUAGGGUUUUGUUUCUCUAGCUCAUUGAAUUUGCUGUCAUUCACAUUGUUCUCCAGGGGUUUGGCUGUUGUGCCACCCUAUUAUAUUGUACAUUAUCUUUAUUUCAAUAAAUUUGGGGUGGGAGAGUACUUUGCUCUUCCCGACUCCUGUUUUAACCCAAAAAAAAGAAAAAAGAACAACAUGGACUUCUAAGUUUCUUUAUGGA